AUGGCCUGGGAUCAAUCUUCUCUUUUGGAAUCAAAUCAAAUGAGAUGCGUGGCAGAUUCACUUAAGCCAACUGGAUCCAGACUCGAGAAUGAGAUCUCUUACGAAAUAAAUGGUAUCUAUAUAGAUCAUAGUUGUAUGCUGACAUGGAUAGCAAAUUACUGCGGAUCGGAAUAUAGGUUUGAUUGCUCUAAUAUUAUCGAAAUAAUCGAUGGAUACUAUAAAGCAGAGUUUUAUUUGGACACUAAAAAGUUGUUGGAUGCUCCUGAUACAUUAAAUACAUAUUGUGAUACCUCUGACAUACUGUUUACCGAUUAUGUCUCCGACGAGACCACUAAAAAUAUUUCAAAAAAUCAAAUAAACAAACAAAAUUUAAGUAAAAUAGAUUCAAUUUCAAAUGCAAGUACAGAAAUAGAUUCGUUAAACGAAACCAAUAACAUAAAUACAAAAGAAAAAGAUGUGCCAGAAGUAUCUGAUGAUAAAAAUUCAAAAAUACAAGACAACGAACCCGAUUUAAAAACGACUCAAGCUGAAAUCAACGAAGAAAAAUCAGAUAAUCAAUGUGAGAAGCCAAAGGAUAAAAUUCCAACUGUACAAAAGAAACCAAUUCAAACACAGGUUCCACCUACAUCUAGUUUCAAUUUAAGAAGCUCAAGGACUAAUAGAAACAUAACCACAUCAAAUUAUUACAAUAAAGAUGAUUCAAGAUCAUUUAACUGUUAUUCAAGAAUACAUACCACUAAAUCUGAAGUGUCAUAUAGUCCUGAAGUCAAAAGACGUAGAAACUCGAAAUCAGAAAUUAGUAAAAAGAAACCAGAAUUUGAAGUUAGAAGAGGCGAAAGAGUCAGAAAAGUCAGCAUUUUCCAAGAUUGUUACAUUCCCGCAUCCAGAAACGAGUGGAUUUCAGAGGUUUUUAUAGGAGCACACAAGGAAAAUUUUUAA